AUGCUGAUCCGGGCCUCCCUCUCCGAGGCCAUGACUGUGCUGCGUACCCCUCCCUCCAUGCCCAGCUGUGCAGCAGCCCCAGACCUGGCAUUUGUCAAGCUGCUCGGAGGAGACGCGGUGGUGGAGCUGGUCCUCAACGACUACCUAGACAUUUUCUGCCCUCAUUAUGAUGGGCCAGGGCCCCCGGACGGCCCCGAGACGUUUGCUUUAUACAUGGUGGACCGGCAGGGCUAUGAGGCCUGCCAGGCCCAGGGCCCGGGCGCCUUCAAGCGCUGGGAGUGCGCCCUCCCUUUCGCUCCCUUUGGUCCUGUUCGAUUCUCAGAGAAGAUUCAGCGCUUUACACCCUUCUCCCUUGGCUUCGAGUUCUUGCCUGGAGAAACCUACUACUACAUCUCGGUACCGGCCCCGGAGAGUUCUGGCCGCUGCUUGAAGCUGCAGGUGUCUGUCUGCUGCAGGGAGAGCAAGUCGGAGUCGGCCCAUCCCGUCGGAAGCCCUGGAGAGAGCGGCACCUCUGGGUGGCAAGGGGGAGGGGCUCCCAGCCCUCUCUGUCUCUUGCUGCUGCUGCUCCCAAUUUUGCGUCUCCUGCGAAUCCUCUGAGCCCAGCGGACCCCUCCUGCCACCCCAGGAGCGACAGCCCUCCCAAGACUCCCUGGAGGAGGGCCCCCAGCGUCAAGCCAGCCAGACCGAUGGAAGAGUGAUGGGGGCGGUCGGAGGGUCCGAGGUGACCUUCCAGGGGCUGGCCCCUUAUCACAGGCUGAAGAGUUGCUGCAGGGAGCUGCACACCGCCCUGCCCCCCCCCCCCACGCCCCUCCCCCGCCCCCGGAGCCCAGGCAGGACAAACACAGGGUCUCCCUCCGCUGCUUUGAUGUUCUUUGCCCAUCCCCCCAGAAGGACUGGGAUUUUGGUGGGAUGGAAUCCUUGAGCCUGUUGGGGGCCAAGACCGAAGACCCUGGGACAGGUGGAUUGCCAGACCAGGGCAAAGAAGAGGCUGAGGCCUGUGCCCGGCACCCUGGGGGCCACUUCCCUGGGGCAGCAUCCCCCCCCCCCCCCACCCUGGCGGGGGGUGCCACUCGCUUGUCUUCUGUGAAGACAGACUUGCCAUGAGGCUGGACAUCAUGCCAGUUUGUAUUUUUAUAAGUGUCUGGACCAAACCCUCAAUAAACCACCCCCCUUUUUUGUUGCUCUGCCCCACCCA